CCUCUCUCUCUCUCUCUCUCUUUGGGUUUUAUCCUCAGAUAUUUUUCGAAAAACCUCUCCUCUACUCUUCUUCUUCUUAGUUAACUCCGCUACCCUUCCAUGGAAGAAGAAGCAGUUUGAGAAUUAAUCUCACUUCUUACUUCUUUCUUUUGAGUUUCAUUUUAUUUGUUUUGGUCUCUGAGCAAUGGCUAUCGGUGGCUUGAUUUCAAACAGGAACUUUGGUUCCUUCAUCGGUUCAGGCAAUGGUGUUCAGAAUGAAAGAGGUUUAUAUAUUUCCAACAGAGUCAUCCCCCGCACUGGAUUAAUAUCAAAUGCAUUGUGCCGUAAUCACCAACCAAGGAAGGUUUUAUCUCUGCAAGCUAGUUUACAGCAUGACCUUAGAGGAGGCAUGGCAAGUUUUGGAUGUUUCCUUCAACCAGGGAACUUGGAGCAUCAUAGAAUUAGGUUUAAGAACUCAUCUCGUGCCUACUACAAAUCAUCAGAGGAUUCAGAUAUUACAGAAGAAGUUGUAGUCGACUCACUUUCAUCAGCUGAUGGGUCUGCUGAAGCUAUUUUAGCUCAAGGAAAUCUAAAGAACGCAUCCCCGUGGUGGCAGCAGUUUCCUAGGCGCUGGGUCAUCGUCCUCUUAUGCUUUGCUUCUUUCCUUCUUUGCAAUAUGGACCGUGUGAACAUGAGCAUUGCUAUUCUUCCCAUGUCUCAACAAUAUAACUGGAACAGUGCUACUGUUGGCUUGAUUCAGUCCUCUUUCUUCUGGGGCUAUUUACUUACUCAGAUUCUUGGAGGUAUCUGGGCAGAUAAGUUUGGCGGGAAAGUGGUUUUAGGUUUUGGUGUUGUCUGGUGGUCCAUUGCCACUGUUAUGACACCUAUUGCUGCUAAACUCGGUCUCCCCUUUCUACUUGUCGUGAGGGCCUUCAUGGGCAUUGGCGAGGGUGUUGCUAUGCCUGCUAUGAACAACAUGCUUUCUAAAUGGAUCCCUGUCUCAGAGAGAAGCAGAUCCCUUGCCCUUGUCUACAGUGGCAUGUAUCUCGGUUCUGUAACAGGACUUGGAUUCUCUCCUAUGCUAAUCCAAAAGUUCGGAUGGCCAUCAGUUUUCUAUUCGUUUGGCUCCCUUGGAAGUAUAUGGUUUCUGCUUUGGCUCAAAUAUGCAUAUAGCUCUCCCAAGGAUGACCCUGAGCUAAGUGAAGAAGAAAAGAAGAUCAUACUUGGAGGUAGCAAACCAAGGGAACCUGUUACAGUCAUUCCAUGGAAGCUGAUUCUGUCUAAACCCCCUGUCUGGGCUCUCAUCAUUUCCCACUUUUGUCAUAAUUGGGGAACAUUCAUACUAUUGACAUGGAUGCCCACAUAUUACAACCAGGCAUGUAGUCCAACUUCCCUAUGUUUGAAUAGCUUUUACAAACAAAUAAAAAGUUAUGUUUCUCUUUUGAAUCUUAUUUUCCAGGUCUUGAAGUUCAACCUCACUGAGUCAGGGCUCCUAUGCGUGUUACCAUGGUUCACCAUGGCUGUAAUGGCUAAUAUUGGAGGUUGGAUUGCUGAUACUCUCGUGAGCAGAGGUCUUUCAAUUACAUCCAUCAUGCAAUCAAUUGGUUUUCUGGGUCCAGCCUUCUUCCUGACUCAGCUGAGCCGUGUCAAAACUCCAGCAAUGGCUGUUCUUUGCAUGGCAUGCAGUCAGGGCGCUGAUGCAUUCUCUCAGUCGGGUCUCUACUCUAAUCAUCAAGACAUUGGCCCACGCUACGCUGGUGUACUCUUAGGACUUUCAAACACAGCAGGAGUCCUCGCUGGUGUCUUUGGCACUGCAGCCACUGGCUACAUCCUCCAACGAGGUUCAUGGGACGAUGUGUUCAAAGUAGCAGUUGGAUUGUAUUUAGUUGGAACUCUGGUCUGGAACUUGUUCGCAACCGGAGAGAAAGUUCUCGACUAG